GCGGCCUUCUGCUUCUCCACCUUUCUUCCUCUCUCAGCACAUUGGCAUUUCGCCCACAACCAAAUCAAGGCUGCGGAUCUCUCUUUUCAGAUUUGCAUACAUCAGUUUUGCAGGCUUGCAGGCACAUACAUCAUUGGAGAGGCGGGUGAUGGCGGCGGGAUCCAAAGCAGCGAAUUGCAUUUGACGGAUUCAGUCUCUUACAAGAUGACCUACAGAAUUGCCCAAAUCCGCCGUGUGAGUUCACAUCCAGAGGUUUAUGAACCAUGUGAUGACUCAUUUGCCUUAGUUGAUGCACUCCUAGCUGAUCGAACUAAUUUGUUGGAGCAUCAUCCAGCAUUGUGCAUGGAAGUGGGUUGUGGAAGUGGUUAUGUUAUCACUUCUCUAGCACUUAUUCUUGGCCAGGAGGCUCAAGGGAUCCAUUAUUUGGCAACUGACAUCAACCCUCAUGCAGUGAGGGUGACCCAAGAGACGCUGGAAGCGCAUGGAGUCCAUGCAGAGUUGAUAAACACUGACAUAGCAUCAGGACUGGAGAAGAGCCUCGCUGGAAUGGUGGAUGUGAUGGUUGUGAACCCUCCUUAUGUGCCAACACCUGAAGAUGAAGUUGGCCGUGAUGGAAUCACAUCUUCCUGGGCUGGAGGGGAGAAUGGUCGUAGUGUUAUUAAUAAGAUACUGCCCAUUGCUGACAAUCUCUUGUCGGACAAGGGCUGGUUGUACAUGGUUACCCUUACAGCAAACAAUCCCACACAAAUAUGCCUUCAAAUGAGGGAAUUGGGGUUCGCUUCCAGAAUAGUCGUCCAGAGAUCAACUGAGGAGGAGAGCCUCCAUGUUAUCAAGUUCUGGAGGGAUAUUGAUAUUCAAGCAGAGGCAAAGGAAAAUGUGACAGUGAAUAAAACAGUUCCUGCAAGGGUCAUGGAAUCUCUGCUUUCACAAUUUCCCCGAUUACCAUUGUGGAGAAAUGGCGACAACAACCAAUGAAUGAAAAAGCUUAUCCCAUGAAAUACAAUUUCAAAUCCACCUACUGCAACAGAACUUCCUUUUUAUUUUCAAAUGGAUUAAGGGGAACCAAUGAUCCUUAUUUUUAAAAUGGGUGCCAAGAGGCAAAGCAAAAAGGAGGGAAGACACCAAUGAUCCUUAUUAUGGCGUCCCUGGAAGAUUGGUAUAUCACACUAUAUGGCCUCCCAACUUCUUGCUGAGUGUUUAACCUUCUUUUUCCUGUUUAUAAUAUUUUCUGUGUGCUUAUCAAGGAAAGUAAAAAAACUCCUUGCUGAGUACCUCAGCAAUUUAUAAAACUACCCUGUCAAACUUCAUCCCAAGAAGAGUGAGAAUCCAAAAACUAGUACACAAGUUUAUGUGACCAUUAUAAAUUUCUAAGGUUAAAUAUCUCUCAGGCUCCAUUCAACUUCCUACCUAAAGAUGGAGAGAUGGACUUCUUGAGCUUAUGGGUGCAAAAUUAGCUCUUGUUAGAUCAACUUAUAGGCAUGGGGAAUGUGAAUAUGCAGAUACAAUGAUCCAAGCCAACAUAAUUCAACAUUGAGUCUGAGCAUGAGAGGGUGAGAGAGAAAACAUUGGAUGCACUGAACAAUGCCAAUUUUGUUCUUGAAACCUCUGCAUUCAAAAGUAUUCUUCUUGAGGUUUGCAAUAGCUGUCAACCCUCAUUCACAAACAUGCAUCCCGGAUAUGCAUUGCUUUGGUCAAAUAAUCCUUUUUUAAGAAAGCAUGCAGCACUGUGAUCAUUGAUGCAAUCUAGCUCCAUUUCUCCAAAUCACAGUCCCCUGUUGUGGAAUUGUCCCUUGUAGGUUGCCUUGUGAGAAUUUUGUGGGCCCUUGUGCAAGGGAAUGGAUGUUCUCAGUUGUUUAAGGUGGUAUUAGUUGUUUUUUA